AUGGGUAGGAGGACAGAGCAAGAAGACGACAAAUGGAUCGGAGUCGGCGAUGCACGGAAAAGGAAACAGAUACAAGACAGGCUUGCCCAAAGAGCGCGCCGCGAACGAAUUGCGCAACGCAAAGCAGGAACUCGAUCUAUUGCUAAGUCAGGGUCUAUACUUGCAGCAAGAAAAUCCGAAGAUACCGGGAGAGAAUUAUUACCUCCCGGAAGAACUCCUUCAGAUGCGCAGUUCUGCUCCUGCUUGAGGUCAGGUACUGCUAAAGCACCAACCGGUUUUGCAAUAUCGCUCGACAACGCUCUACUGCCGCUUCCGAAUCAUACCGUGUAUUCGGCGCUGUUCCAUAAUGGAGUCAUUUUAGGACUCACAUGCGGUACUGGCAGUGUUGCCAAGUCUCCAGCGGCUCCACCACACGUGCCAGAACCAUUGCGGCCAACACAAUAUCAAAUGGACAAUGUUCAUUUCCUCUGGAUCGAUCGUUUUCCGUUCCAGAAGAUGCGAGAGAGGAUGAUUCUUUUGAGCGACACUUUAAAUUCGGAAGACUUUUUGGCUGAUUUGUUCAACACAACGACAUUCACAAUCACUGCUGGUGCUGCUAGCUGGGACCCAGAAGCAUGGCAUAAGAUUGUCAAGAUUGACGCGAACACUGGUCAUGAAAAUACCAAGCCCGUGGCCCCACGCAGCUCAGUCUGGCACAAUGGCCGAGAGUAUGUGGGACUCCAGGACCAUAUCAAGCCAGGUGAUGUUUUCAGUGGCGUUUCCAAGACCAAUGUACGAAGCCAAGACUUGCGAGUUGCUGAUCAUUAUGUUAAUCACCAAGAUAGAUACUUUUCUGGGGUUAAUAAUGCGAAUUUCCUUCUUGGGAGAGGGGAUGGAGAUGUUUAG